AUGGAUCUGUCUCGUCCUUUCGGCGACUCUGUGAACGAUUCGAUUUGUCAAAAAACCUAUUCAAUGAAAUUCUGUUCUGUAGACGACGCUGUGAGAAUCGUUACGCGGCUCGGCAAAGGCGCGUUAAUGGCAAAGAUGGACCUCAAGCACGCCUUCCGUUUAAUCCCGGUACACCCGGAUGAUUGGCAUCUCCUGGGGUAUUCUUUCGACAAUAAGUACUACUUUGAUGUUGUUUUGCCUUUUGGCUGCCGUUCGUCUCCGGCGAUAUUCGAUCGCAUGGCUUCGUUUGUGCACUGGAUUAUCGUUCACGUGGGAAAGUUUGCAGAUGUUUUACACUACAUGGACGAUUUCUUCUUUGCUGGUGUUUCUAACUCUCCGAUGUGUAGACUCGCCACGGAACUGAUGGCCAUCCUGUGUCAGGAUCUCGGUGUUCCUUUAGCCCCGGAAAAGACGGAAGGUCCGUCUGCCCAGUUGACCUUUCUGGGCAUUUGCAUUGACUCCGAAUCUCAAACGCUCUCGAUUCCUGCAUCAAAAGUCCAAGAGCUCCAAAACGAGUUCGUAGUUUUCUCGGCCAAAACAUCCUGCUGCAAGCGUGACCUUUUGAGUCUGAUCGGAAAACUCAGUUUUGCAACAAAAUGUAUACCUGCCGGGAGAAUUUUUCUACGUCGAAUGAUCGACACUUCGCUGUCCGUUAAAGAUCUGCGUCAACAUGUAACUCUUUCCCGUGAAUUCCACGCAGACCUUCAGUGGUGGAUUCGGUUUUUACCUCUGUGGAAUGGUACAACUUCUUUUAUCGAACCAAACUGGACUGACUGUGCUUCUCUGCAGAUAUUCACCGAUGCAUGUGGCUCUGGCUGUGGUGCAAUUUUCGGUUGCCGGUGGUUUUAUAUCUCUUGGCCGGACAGCAUCUUAUGCGUCCAGCCGCAUAUAACCUGGUUGGAAAUGGCGCCGAUAUUCUUUGCUUGUUCUAACUGGGGAUCGCAGUGGCAUGGCAAGCGGUUGACCUUUUUCACCGACAACCAGGCAGUGUCUCAAGUCUGGGCAAAGUUUUCUUGUAAGCAUUCGGGGGUGAUGGAUCUCGUUCGUGCGAUUCAUUUUGAAGCUGCGCGCCAUAAUUUCCACAUACGAAUUAAAUACCUUCCUGGGUGCGAGAAUUUAGCGGCCGAUGCAUUAUCCCGGCAUGAGAUGGUCAAGUUUUUUGAAGCACAUAAGACAGCUUUUGCAGAACCGGACAUGUUUACGCCUGAUUUCCCAGCCUUUCUUCCUACCUUGAUCGGUUCUCAACGUUCACGCCGAAAGUAGUAUUCAGAGCGCAUAACCAUUGGUUAGGUUCACAACUAGUAAUCAAUAUUAUGUUGCAGGAUGCCCGUUGAUGAAUCAAGCGCAGUUUAACUGCACUAUUACUUCGCUACUGCACGCUCAU